AGUUCAGCUUCAGCAGUAGAAGCGCAAAAGGCAAAACCAGAGCCCGCUCACCUGCUGAGAAACACCGCGCAGAGGCAGAGACAAACAACGUACGGCCGUGUAGAACUGUAGAUCGUAUCGUCCGAGUCCCCCAAGAGUUUCAGGCCAUCAACCCGUAGUUUGGCGCUCCCUUGGUUUUACCUGCAAGACAAAAGAGCUAGCGACCGAAUCGUUCGACGGCAGAGGCGUCAUGGGGGCGCCGAGCAGGGAGGAUGAGGAGGCGAAGAAGAUGGAGGCCGGCGGCGACACCGUCGGCCAGAAGCUCGACGCCGGGGCUCUCUUCGUCCUUCAGUCCAAAGGGUCAUGGCUGCACUGCGGGUACCACCUGACGACGUCCAUCGUGGCGCCACCGCUGCUGAGCCUGCCGUUCGCGUUCGCGUCGCUGGGGUGGGCGGCGGGGCUCAUCUGCCUCGUCAUCGGCGCCGCCGUGACCUUCUACUCGUACAACCUCAUCUCCCUCGUCCUCGAGCACCACGCGCAGCAAGGACGCCGCCAGCUCCGCUUCAGGGACAUGGCCACCGAUAUUUUAGGGCCUGGAUGGGGACGCUUCUACAUCGGGCCGAUCCAGUUCCUGGUCUGCUUCGGGGCAGUCGUCGCGUGCACUCUCCUAGCCGGUCAGAGCAUGAAGGCUAUCUACCUGAUUGCCAACCCGGGCGGCACGAUCAAGCUGUACGUGUUCGUGGCAAUCUUCGGCGUCUUCAUGAUGAUCCUGGCGCAGAUGCCGUCGUUCCACUCUCUCCGCCACGUUAACCUCAUCUCCCUCGUGCUGUGCCUCGCCUACAGCUUCUGCGCCGUCGCCGCCUGCAUCUACCUUGGAAGCUCAAAGGGAGCGCCCGAGAAGGACUACUCGAUCGCCGGCGCCAACACCCGUGACCGCGUGUUCGGCGUGUUCAACGCCAUCGCCGUCAUCGCCACGACGUACGGCAAUGGAAUCAUCCCCGAGAUACAGGCGACGGUGGCGGCGCCGGUGACGGGGAAGAUGUUCAAGGGGCUGUGCCUGUGCUACGCCGUGGUGGUGACGACGUUCUUCAGCGUGGCCAUCUCGGGGUACUGGGCGUUCGGCAACCAGUCGCAGGGCACGCUCCUGAGCAACUUCAUGGUGGGCGGCAGGGCCGUCAUCCCGGAGUGGCUGCUGCUCAUCAUCGAGCUCUUCACGCUGCUGCAGCUGUCGGCGGUGGCCGUGGUGUACCUGCAGCCGACCAACGAGGUCCUGGAGGGCCUCCUGUCCGACCCCAAGGCCGGGCAGUACGCCGCGAGGAACGUCGCGCCGCGGGUGCUCUCCCGCACCGCCGCCGUCGCGCUGGGCACCACCAUCGCGGCCAUGGUGCCCUUCUUCGGCGACAUGAACGCGCUCAUCGGCGCAUUCGGCUUCCUCCCGCUCGACUUCGCUGUGCCGGCGGUGUUCUACAACGUGACGUUCAAGCCGUCCAAGAAGGGCGCCGUGUUCUGGCUCAACACCACCAUCGCCGUCGUGUUCUCCGCGCUCGCUGUCGUCGCGUCAGUCGCCGCGGUCCGGCAGAUCAUUCUGGACGCCAAUAGCUAUAAACUGUUCGCGAACGUGUGAUGUUAUUAUGCUUUAACUCUUGACAAAGGAACAUCAAUGCAGGAAGAAGAUUUUUUUUCCUUUUAUUUUUCUUUUUUUUAAAA